CUAUCUCACUUCACUUGUUGAGUCUUCUUACAAUGGGGGACAUUAGCAACAAUAAUGUUGUUUUGUUAGGCUCAGGGUUCAGCAUGUUUGGCAUGAGAGCAAGAAUAGCAUUGGAAGAGAAAGAAAUCAAGUAUGAGUACAAGGAGGAAGAUCUUAUCAACAAGAGCUCCUUGCUCUUAGAAAUGAAUCCAGUUCAAAAGAAAAUCCCAGUUCUUAUACAUAAUGGGAAACCAAUAUGUGAGUCCCUCAUAAUUGUUGAGUAUAUUGAUAUGGUUUGGAACAACAACAAUAAUAAUGCUCCAAUGUUGCUUCCUUUUGAUCCCUAUGACAAAGCUCAAGCCAGAUUCUGGGCUGAUUUUGUAGAUCAGAAGGUGUAUCAUUUUUCUAGGAGAAUAUGGACUAAUUCCAAGGGAGAUGAGCAAGAGUUGGCUAAGAAGGGCUUCAUUGAGAGCUUGAAACAAUUGGAGGAGUUUCUCGGAGACAAGCCUUAUUUUGGAGGGGAGCAAUUUGGGUUUGUUGAUGUUGCUCUCAUCCCUUUCUAUUGCUGGUUUUAUACAUAUGAGAUGUUUGGAAACUUCAAACUUGAGACAUUUUGUCCAAAUAUCAUCUCAUGGGCUAAUAGAUGCAUGAAGAGAAAAAGUGUGUCUAUAACUCUUGCAGAUGGGAAGGAAGUUUAUGAGUCUGUUUUGGAUUACAAGAAUAAGUUUUUGAUGGACUAAGGGAAAGCUCUGGUGAACUCAUGUAUCAAAGUAGAUAGAGCUAAUAAUAUUUGUUUCCCACAA